AUGCCAACCCAAGUUCGUAUUUUUGCUAUGCCAAAGUCUCUUGGCGAGACUCUAAAUGCUAGCUCGUCUUCACCUACAUCUCUUUCUAUUCAAGAAUACAAAAGCGAGAGACCGGCAAGCCCUGAACUUAGAAGUCGGUCUUCUAUGAUGGAGACAAUACCGGAGAGACCUAAGGAAGGCGGAAUCACAUUUGCCAGCCAGGAUAGCUUACCGAAGCUACCUAUUCCGGAGCUAGAACAGACAUGCAAAAAAUACCUUACUGCCCUAAAGCCUUUACAAGGACCCAGGGAACAUAGUGAAACGAAGCUUGCUGUCCAAGAUUUUUUGAAGAGGGAUGGACCUGAACUUCAGAAGAUGCUACAAGAAUAUGCUGUUGGAAAGACAAGUUAUAUAGAACAAUUUUGGUACGACUCGUACCUCAACUUUGAUAAUCCUGUCGUCUUAAAUUUGAAUCCAUUCUUUCUAUUAGAAGAUGAUCCCACCCCGGCAAGGAAUAAUCAAGUUACCCGCGCAGCCUCGCUAGUCGUAUCGGCGUUAGAAUUCGUACGAGCGGUACGCCGGGAGGAGUUGCCUCCCGAUACGGUCAAGGGGGUACCUUUGGACAUGUACCAAUACUCCCGACUCUUCGGUACGGCUCGAGUACCAACAGAGAAUGGUUGCCAGAUUGAACAAGACCCCGACUCUAAACACAUUGUUGUGUUAUGUCACGGCCAAUUCUAUUGGUUCGACGUGCUCGACGACAACUCGGACCUUAUUAUGAGCGAAAAGGAUAUUUCUAUCAACCUGCAAACAAUAAUAGACGACGCAGCGCAAACACCAAUUCAAGAAGCCGCCAAGGGGGCCCUCGGCAUUUUGAGUACAGAGAAUAGAAAGACUUGGUCGGGGUUGAGAGAUGUUCUUACUAAAGAGGAGGGAUCCAAUAAUGCGGAUUGUCUUGGUAUUGUCGAUUCGGCAUUGUUCAUGCUCUGUUUAGACUAUACAGGUCCGACUACAGCAGCAGCAUUAUGCCAAAACAUGCUUUGCGGUACGAAUGAUGUUGUGAAGGGAGUACAGAUUGGUACAUGCAUAAAUAGAUGGUACGAUAAACUGCAAAUUAUCGUGUGCAAAAACGGAAGCGCGGGCAUUAAUUUCGAGCAUACCGGCGUGGAUGGUCACACCGUCCUUCGAUUCGCUAGCGACGUUUACACGGAUACCAUUUUACGAUUUGCGAGGACUAUCAACGGUCAAGCACCUAGCCUCUGGAAAACGGCAAGCCCGGAUCCAUCGAAGCGAGAUCCCGAGAGUUUCGGGGACGUCACCACCCUCCCCCACAAGCUAGAGUGGGAUAUCUCGCCAGAAUUAAAUAUCGCCAUACGGUUCGCGGAAACUAGACUCGCAGAUUUAAUUAGCCAAAAUGAGUUUGAAUGCUUGGAUUUCAGUGGCUAUGGCAAGAAUUUUAUCACUUCGGCGGGGUUCUCUCCGGAUGCUUUUGUGCAGAUGGCCUUUCAAGCAGCGUACUACGGGCUGUACGGACGAGUGGAAUGUACGUACGAACCAGCUAUGACCAAGGCGUACCUUCACGGCAGAACAGAAGCUGUUCGAACGGUAUCAGACGAAUCCGUCAAUUUUGUUCAGGCAUUCUGGGCGGAUAAUCCGGCCGAGGCGAAGGUAGAAGCGUUGCGCAAAGCAUGCCAACAGCAUGUCAAUAACACCAAGGAAUGUUCGAAAGGGCGUGGUUGCGAUAGGCACCUCUACGCCCUAUUCUGCGUGUGGCAGCGAUAUCUCGAUGACGAGAACAGUCGUGCGCCCAGCAGUUUAGGAUAUUCCAGCCCAAUCGAAAAUGGCUCGGAACAGGGAUCUGUGGUGGGUAGUCCAGGGAAAGAAUCAGUCUUAUCAAUGAAUGAGGAGGUACGAUCACGCCAACGUGGCGACAGCACAAACUCACGAUGUCAGGAACACCAGGUCCCCGCCAUAUUCGCCGAUAACGGAUGGGAUAAACUGAAUAACACGAUCCUCUCGACGUCGAACUGCGGUAACCCCUCGCUUCGCCAAUUUGGCUUCGGACCCACAUCCGGCGGUGGAUUCGGGAUUGGGUAUAUUAUCAAAGACGAAGGGAUUAAUAUCUGUGUCUCGAGUAAACAUAGACAGACGAAGCGGUUUAUCGAUACGUUGGAGAGCUAUCUCCUAGAGAUUAGACGCAUACUGAGGAUUACGAAUCGCAAAUCGACGAGCUUGAAACAGACCCGUGCGCGAGAGAUUGAUCCGGAUAGUAAGCCGAGGAAUUCGCAUCAUAGACUUAAGACACGUGGACGCAUGAUUACGGGCACUGAGAGCUUGAGGGCGCUUGCGCGGUCGUCGACGGGGACUAGGAGUCCGACGGAGGAGAGUUUGAUGAUGAGUGAGGAUGAUGAAUUGGGUGGUUACGGCUUUUUCGAUGCUGGGAUGCUACUCCAAGCCUUAAAGGCGCGCGGCGAAGCGCUUGAUCAGCAGGGUGAAUCGAAGGCUUCGGAACGAGCGGCUGCGAAUGCGCGAAGAAGAGAAAUUGGAAAGAAGUUGAGGUUGGUAGAGUACUAA